UCUUGUUCCAUCUGUCUUCUUUAGAUCAUUCAUCCGUGUAAAGGGCACAGUGUAGAAAAGGAGGAGGGAAUCUGAGUCCCGGCCCGGGUGGAAGCAGUCAAGGGGGAUGCGUUAGAAGCGAGUCCUCACUGCCUAGUGAAUCUCGUGAGCAGCUGUGAAAGUCUCUGCGAUUACUGUGCCCUGGGAAGAAAGCUAUGGUGGAGGGGGGCCUCUUCUGAACCUGAAGGAGGGGUGGAGGGAGCGGCAGCUCUCUCUCUCUCUUUCUCUCUCUCUCUCUCUCUCUCUCUCUCUCUCUCUCUCUCUCUCUCUCUCUCUCUCUCUCUCAUCCUUCCAGACCCUCGGGGCAAGAUCUACCCACCUCUCUGAGCCCCGCCUCUUGCUCUUCAGCCGCCGGCACUGAGGGCUCCGGCCGCCAGGGAGAGCUGCGCCCUAGCUGCGCGGAGAGGUAGAGCCAGCGAGAGGAGAGAAAGAGCGAGAGAGCGCUCGCCAGCCGCCCGCCCGUCAGCCCGUCCGCCGGCAGGCUCCGGCUGCGCCGCUCGGUACGGAGAAGGAGAACUGCAUGCAACCGGUGGGACCCAACACCCGAGACCAGGCUCUGGUCGUCCUACAGUCUAACAGUUACCCUUCGCACCCAAGAGAGCGCGAGUGAAGCCCCGCAGACAGACGGUCAGGUCUCCAGUGUGGCUGCGCCCCCCUGCCCUAGUCAGCUGGGGGCGGCCGGUGGCUGCAGGCUGCCAGGGAAACAGCAGCGGCGGCAGCGGCAAAGGCGUGUCUGAGCGAGCGGGCGGAGGGCUCUCCGGCGACCUGUCCCGAGGAUGCUGGGGGGCGAUGCCCGGGGACAGGGACGAGAUCUGUCAGAAGGCACUGCAGCUGCUGGCCGAGCUGUGCUCCAGCGGGGCGGUAGAGCACGACAGCUGCCACGAUUUUAUCCAUUACCUGCGGGAUCGCGCCAGACCCCGACUCACCGACUCAGACAUCUCAGUGAGUUUGCUGUCUCUAGUUGUCACAGCCUGUGGGUUGGCACUCUUCAGUGUAUCUCUAUUUGUGUCCUGGAAACUCUGCUGGAUCCCUUGGAGAGAACGAGGCCUGUUCUCGGGAAGCAAAGACAACCAAGAGCCCUUGAAUUACACAGAAACAGAGACCAAUGACCCAGAAUACAGUGAGGACUACCAGGAACAGCCCUCGCCCUAUCCAGAUGCCGCCAUGAAGAUCAGCCACACCUCUCCUGACAUUCCCUUAGCUUCUCAAGCAGAGAAUAAGGAGAAUUGUGUGCAUGGGGCCCGCAUGCAGCGGCAAGUCACAGAGCCUACCCCAUCUGCCCGGCAUAAUUCAAUCCGAAGGCAACUCAACCUCUCAAAUCCAGACUUCAAUGUCCAGCAGCUUCAGAAGCAAGAACAGCUGACGGGGAUUGGACGCAUUAAGCCUGAGUUAUAUAAGCAGAGGUCGGUAGACACUGAUGAUGGGAGAAAGAGCAACAGCAAAGCCUGUGGGAAACUGAACUUCAUUGUGAAAUAUGACUGUGACUUAGAGCAGCUGAUUGUGAAGAUCCACAAAGCUGUCAAUCUGCCAGCAAAAGACUUUUCUGGGACUUCAGACCCUUAUGUUAAGAUUUACUUGCUCCCGGAUCGGAAAACUAAACACCAGACUAAAGUUCACAGAAAGACACUAAACCCAGUCUUUGAUGAGGUUUUUUUAUUCCCAGUUCCCUACAAUGACCUUGCCAUGAGAAAACUUCACUUCUCCGUCUAUGACUUUGACCGGUUCUCACGCCAUGAUUUAAUUGGUCAGGUGGUUGUGGAUCACUUCUUAGAAUUGGCAGACUUCCCUCGAGAGUGUAUCCUUUGGAAGGAUAUCGAAUAUGUCACCAAUGAAAAUGUGGAUCUUGGAGAUUUGAUGUUUUCCCUUUGCUAUCUUCCAACGGCUGGCAGGCUAACCAUCACCAUAAUCAAGGCAAGGAACUUAAAAGCAAUGGAUAUAACUGGAGCAUCAGAUCCUUAUGUGAAAGUCUCCCUGAUGUGUGAUGGCAAACGUCUGAAGAAAAGGAAAACUUCCACCAAAAGGAACACACUCAACCCUGUUUACAAUGAAGCCAUAGUCUUUGAUGUCCCCCCAGAAAACAUUGACCAAAUUCACUUGUCAAUAGCUGUCAUGGACUAUGACCGUGUAGGUCACAAUGAGAUCAUUGGGGUGUGCCAAGUAGGCAACGAAGCAGAGCGCCUUGGACGAGAUCACUGGAGUGAAAUGCUGUCAUACCCUCGGAAACCCAUCGCUCACUGGCACCCACUAGUUGAGAAACGAUAAUAAUGGAAGUGAGGACUGCUCAGGCCAAGUGACACGCUCAGACCAUUGGAUUCCAGCUGUCUUAAGCUGCUUUCCCAUUCCAACAUCGUCCCAGUAGCCCCACCAACCAAAUGCUCAGAUAUAACCUUAGCAAUAACAAGUCCUCUCCCAAGACCAGGUUUGAUGAGCACCAAGGGGCCAGUGAACCUACCUACCUUCUUGAGACAACCUAAAGCCAAGUAUGCCAUGGGAGAGGGCUUGCUGUGUGACCAAGAAUCAAGAUUGGAUUAUAGAAGAAAGUGCUGGCCAGCACCAGCUACAUUCCACCCCCUUGGCAGGGCCAGUAGGGUCAGCCAAUACUCACUGCCCCCCCAGGGUUGGUGUUGAGCAACAGACACAUUUGCAGAGUUUAGCAGCCAUCCUGCAAAACCAACAGGAAUACCACUUGGCCAGAGUCCCCACAGAACAAGAAUACAUGAAAAGUAAAUUAAAAUGCCACACAGGCAAUGAGUGUAUCUCUCCUUUUAGACUGGGCUUUCCUAUGAGUUAGUGACCACCCCUGUCAGGAAGGCUCAAGGAGAUCCCACACCACAGGCAGGGCAUUGCUUAAUGAUGGGAAUGCAGGGAAGCCAAACACCCAGAAUACCCUUGUCCUCCUGGAUAAGCACUUGGUCCCCUGGCUGGCUUUCCUGCCUGCCAAAACCCAUUCAUUGAUAGUGCAGGCUAAAAUUGGACUGUCAAGGGUGGGAGGGAAGGGCAGAUAUGUUCAAUCCUACAACUAACUUCUCCCCUACAUAAAGGAAGUGUGGGUCCAGCCUGCUGUUUUGAGUGCCUUUCGGUCCAUUUCCAUGUGCAACACCCUAGACUACGCCCCACCUCCUUGGUGUUGCAGCCAAAGAUGAUAUUCCUCUUUUUCUUUUUAACACAAGCAUCACAUCCACAGCACCUGGGUAAUGGAAAUACCUAGAGAAGAGUUAAGUCCAAGGGCUUUCCACUGUGACAUCAUCAAAUUAGUGUCAGAUGUUGCUAUGCAACCAGCCACUCACUAUCCCCCAGGCUUCUGACAAAGCAGAUGGACAAAGCAAAACUCUUACCUAGCACUGCCAGGGGUCUAAGGUCCCACAGUGAUAGGAAACUUCCCUUUCUCCACUGUGGCAACAUGACUGGUGCCCCACCUCUCUAAAGAAAAGAUUCCGAUGAGCUUACCUGGAGGAUGAGAAUGAGAAUGAGGAGGAGAGGAGAGAUAGAGACAAAGGCAGAAAGAUGCUAUAAAUAUUUAAAGAGCUGUGCUACUGAGUUAAGGUCCCAACAUUUGUAAUAGAUGCCCCAGGAAAUCCUUGUAGAGGUCACAUUGCAUGAGAGAAAUGGUUUCAAAAUUGGGCUCCAUGCCUCACUUGUCCAAUCACAGCUUCAAAAUAGGCAGGACCUAAAAUAACAAGGUGUAGAGCUAUAUGGUGUGGUCUCCCAAACUGCUUCACUGAUUCCCAUCAGGAUCAAACCUCCCUUUUGAUUUAAUUCCCUUUCCUUCCAUCAGGAUCCCAAAGAUAAUCUGGGGUUCUGCCUAUGAGGAAGGAGACUUGUCCUUCCCAACUGAAGGCCUAUUCCCCUCCUACCACCGCCACCCCAUUCAGACAUGAUAUGCCACACACCAAUGCUUAGGACCAAAGUAAGAAGGGCGAAUAUGGGCUGAAAUGCUGGUGAUAGAACAUGCCAAUUAGGAUGUGCACAAAGCUGAAAAGAAAUCAGGCCAGCCCUAAAGGAAAUCAGACAGUGAGCCCAGAGGAAAUUCAAUAAACUAUCUAAUAAAUUA